GCCCCGCCGCCGCCUCCGCCCAGACCGGCUGCAAGCCCGAGGUGCCGCCGCCGCCGCCACCGCCGCCGGGAUGUGACCUUCAGAGCCGCCUGCACAGGAUGACCGGAGCCACCGCCCCGCGGCGCCCGCGGCUUGCCACGGCCUCCCCGGCACUCUGACCGCACGCGCUCCCGGCUGUCCGCCCGGCUCCGGACCCCGGUCCCGGUCCCCUGUCCCAGGCCCCCGGCCUCGCCAUGCCGCCGCCGCCCGGGCCCGCCGCGGUCCUGGGCACCACACUGCUGCUACUCCUGCUGGCCUCGGAGUCCGCGCCCACCGUGAUGCUGCGGCCGCGCGAGGCGGCGCAGUUCCUGCGGCCCAGGCAGCGCCGCGCAUACCAGGUCUUCGAGGAGGCCAAGCAGGGCCACCUGGAGAGGGAAUGCAUCGAAGAGCUGUGCAGCAAGGAGGAGGCCCGGGAGGUGUUCGAGAACGACGCCGAGACGGAAUAUUUUUAUCCGAAAUACUUAGCUUGCAUCAAUAAAUAUGGAUCUCCGUACACGAAACACCCAGAUUUUGUUAAAUGCGCUCAAAACCUGCCUGACCAGUGCUAUCCAAAGCCCUGCAACAAGGAGGGGACCCAAGUCUGCCAAGACCUCAUGGGCAACUUCUAUUGCCAGUGCAAAGCCGGCUGGGGGGACCGGCUCUGUGACAAAGAUAUCGACGAAUGCAACCAGAAGAACGGGGGGUGCACCCAAAUAUGCUACAACAAGCCAGGCAGUUUCCAGUGCGCCUGCUACAGCGGCUACGCGCUUUCCCAGGACAGCAGGACCUGCCAAGACAUAGACGAAUGUGCAGACCCAGACGCCUGUGGGGAGGCGCGCUGCAAGAACCUGCCGGGCUCCUACUCCUGCCUGUGCGACGAGGGCUAUGAAUUCAGCUCCCAGGACAAGGCCUGCCGAGAUGUGGACGAGUGUGCAGAGGGACGCUGUGAGCAGGCCUGCGUGAACUCCCCCGGGACCUACGCCUGCCACUGCAACGGACGCGGGGGCCUCAAGCUGUCCCAGGACAUGAACACCUGUGAGGACAUUUUGCCCUGUGUGCCUUUCAAUGUGGCCAAAAGCAUGAAGUCCUUGUACCUGGGCCGCAUGUUCAGCGGGACGCCGGUGAUCAGACUACGCUUCAAGAGGUUGCAGCCCACGAGGUUGGUGGCCGAGUUUGACUUCAGGACCUUUGACCCCGAAGGCAUCCUCUUGUUUGCCGGAGGCCAUCAAGGCAACAACUGGAUCGUCCUGGGCCUGCGGGCUGGCCGGCUGGAGCUGCAGCUCCACUACCACGGUGUCUCCCGGGUCACCAGCAGCGGGCCCAUCAUCAACCACGGCAUGUGGCAGACGAUAUCCGUUGAGGAGCUGGAGCAGAGUCUGGUCAUCAAGGUGAACAAGGAGUCUGUUAUGAAGAUCGUGGUGGCGGGGGAUCUGUUCCAGCCGGACAGGGGCCUGUACCACCUGAACCUGACCGUGGGAGGCAUUCCCUUCAAGGAGAAAGACCUCAUCCAGCCUAUAAACCCCCGCCUGGAUGGCUGCAUGAGGAGCUGGAACUUGAUGAACGGUGAAGACAGCACCAUCCAAGAAACAGUGAAACUGAACACGAAAAUGCAGUGCUUCUCCGUGACGGAGAAAGGGUCCUUCUACCCCGGGAGUGGCUUUGCUUUCUACAGCCUCGAUUACGCUCGGACAUCCCCGGACGUCGGGACCGAAACUACCUGGGAAAUAGAGGUUGUGGCUCGGAUCCGCCCCGCCACCGACACGGGGGUGCUGUUCGCGCUGGUGGGCGAUAACCACACCGUCGCCCUCUCCGUGGCCCUGGUCGACUACCACUCCACCAAGAAGCUCAAAAAACAGCUGGUCGUCUUGGCUGUGGAGAAUGUCACCCUGGCCCUGAUGGAGAUUAAGGUCUGUGACAGCCAAGAGCACGUGGUGACCAUCUCCAUGAAGCAGGGAGGAGCCACCCUGGCGGUUGACGGCACCAAAGGCCAGAGUGAAGUGGGCUCUGCAGAGCUGCAGGAGAGGCUGGCCGUCCUCGGGAGGCACCUGCAGGGCUCUGUGCUCACCUUCAUCGGGGGACUGCCAGAUGUGCCGGUGACCUCGGUGCCAGUCACGGCUUUCUACCGUGGCUGCAUGACGCUGGAGGUCAACCAGAAGGUGCUGGACCUGGACGAGGCCGCCUACAAACACAGCGACAUCACGUCACACUCCUGUCCCCCGGUCAAGCAGGCCACCCCCUAGACUGACCACUGCUGCAGAACAAGAGGCCACACAGCGCUCCUCACACCUUUUCUCCAAAACGGGCCGGAAGGGGAGGUGUCAGGCACCCCAGCCUGCCCUGCGUGAGCAGCUCCCGAAACACUGAAUCCUUGCAAGCUGAGUUCUUUUGAGACCUUUCUUUACCUUGUAAUAUAUGUGUAAAUAGUUGAGAAGACUAAUGUUAAUGACCCAGAAACACGCCCGAGGCGUCCCUCCCGCGGGAGGCUGGGCUCCGGGAGCCCACCCGAGGGUGGGGGCCGGAGGUCUGCGCGUGCCACAGGGGACCCAGGAACAUAAUUCUCUGUUAUUUUUAUUACCAAAUGCUUCUUUCUGACCUAGAAAUAUGGGAAAAUAAAAUAUUUACAGAAACCUUUUUAA